AUGUAUGUUUCAUCUCGUGACGGGGGUACCCGUGCGUUUCGUCAGCUCAAGGCCAGAGAGUUUCACGAGAUGCAAUGGAAUGAGAAUAUGAUUCAUAAGGGCAGACUGGUCGGUGAAAAGUCAAUUGACCUCGACGAAUUACCAAAAAGGAUAAUCACGGAAAAGUCUCAGGUACAGAUUGAGCGCACUCAUUACCGUCGAUCACUAAGCUCCAAAAUCAUCAGUUCGGAGAAGUUGACUCACAUUAUACAUAUGUUCCGCGCGACGGACAAGGGAAACGGAAAGAAAGAGAAUCAAAAGCCUGCACUGGUCCAAGAUGAUCACUCCAUAGUUCUGACCCACGACGCAUUCAGACAGCAGUUCGAUGCUCAUGUUAGGGAAUGCGAAAUACCCAACGCCAACUUUGCGAGGAAGUUUGGGUUGUCCACCAGAGAUAGGCCGCUUCCACCUUUCAUCAGAGAACUACCAGUCGCCGAAGAUAAAGCAAUGGAUAUGUUACAAAUGAUGCUCCAGGCCGUGUUGCAGGCAUCUAUAUUGACGCCUUUGAGAGGAGAUUUCCGGGAUAUCUCGCCAGGAUUCGAGUCGCGAGCGCGUUCGCUAUCUCCGCGCAAGCGUCUUGUCAAACAACCGCUUCAUAUUCGCAUGAACUUGACUGAGAGCCAAGUUGACAAGAUUACGGACGCUUUCAGUCAUCAAGUCGAUAAGAGCCCAACAAAGGCUGCUAAGUUCAAGAAAAAGCCUACGAUGACCACUCCAAGAACGACUCCAGGGUCAACACCACGAAAGAACAAACCAAGACUUCUACAGCAUGAGAAUUCAUACGGUUGGACUACUAGAGAAGAUGGUCCCUCUGAUGUGAAUUCUCCAACCUUUUCGGAGCUUAUGCCCGGUCGCCAUUCGGGCUCUUCCAAGGACUUGUUCUCUGCCAGUUUAGCACAACGUCGACAUAUCAACCCGCCUUCUCCGUUGCAGCUUGGGACUCUUCGUCGUAUUGGGACAGUGCCUCGACCAGCCGAGAUGGAAGAGAUUCCCGAUGCAGUCUCUCCUUUAGGGCAGGGAAGCUUUGAGCGUGAGCCGGUCUUUGACGAUGAUGCCUCUUCGGUCUACUCCCCUCAACAAACUGCCCGCCCAUCACCUCUUCGCCUCAGCCACGUCAGGUCACAAUCCAAAUUCAAUGGUGCUGGAGAGGGUUCAUUCCAAGAGUGGAAGAGGAGCCAUGAUUCCUCCAUGAUCAGGGAGUCGGUAAGCCAUCCAGAGGAUCUGGUCAAUAGGCCUCGACGCUCGAAAAGCUCUGCCGAUGGAUUGAGACAGGCCCGAGCCAUCGCAGUACACUCUCCACCGAUCCCACAAGUCGUAACAGUGGGCUUUAAUAACAGCAACUAUCAUCGGACUGUUCAAGAUACUCCCGUAUUCUCACCACUGCAGUUCUAUUUCAGGGGAACAGACUACCCAAGCUCCAAGAAGGGCGAAAAAACAAUGAUUGGGGAUAAUGGGUGGCUCGAACGCCCUAACGGCGGCUCUGAUCAAAGCUCAAAGACGCCCCAGAAGAAGACCGGAAUUUUGGACAACAUCAAGAAACUCGCAAAAGACAUGACGGAGCUUCAUCAUACCUCUCGUCGGGCCCAGCCCGCAAUCCGGUCUCGCCCGACAUCACAAGUCGCCAUCUCACUAAAUGCCAGAGAGCAAAGCCUCAUCUACUGCGAACUGGAGUUCAACCUUAGCACUGCAUUGAAUGACUAUAUUACGGUGCAACUGGACAAGGGUCGGCUUGUGCCUGACAAGCUCAAGAAGGUAGCAGAUACGUGGCAUAACAAGGGCCGACCCAAGGUUGUUGGUUUUCGCUACGACCUGGAGACGCAGCUUGAACUUAUCAACCUCCACGUCGACGAUUUUCGCUUCUAUGGCCGCCGACAAGCCGAUCCUGUUGAGAUUGGCGGGCUCCUGCGCGCCAUGAAGGUCAAUGCCAGAGCAAUGUGCGUCCGGACACUUUGCCAGCCAGAUUCUGUGAUUGCGAAGCAGUUAGUUGACACCCAGUCAACCUUUAAAAUGCUUGAUGUCCCAGACUAUCAGCAGCGCGCGCUUGCUGACAUAGCUCAGUUCUUCAAGGUGAUCGUGGAGCGAGAGCAGGAUGCUCGAGAACACACUGGAGGCAAUGGCAGGGACUCCAACAACCGGGGCGAGCGACGGUGGACAACGGUUCAGGGAGGGAUAUGA